ACGCGCCGUCGCCUCUGUACAGUCUCCAAGCGGCUGGGGGGGAUCCUGUUUUUCCGUAGCGCGGCUAUGAGCAAGCGGAACCAGGUGUCGUACGUGCGGCCAGCCGAGCCGGCGUUCCUGGCCCGCUUCAAGGAACGGAUCGGCUACGAGGAAGGGCCCACGGUAGAAACCAAGAGAAUCCAGCUUCAGCUCCCAGGUGAAGAUGGUGAUCACAGUGACAAAGAAGAUGAACAGCCCCAAGUGGUGGUUUUAAAAAAGGGAGACCUAUCAGUUGAAGAAGUCAUGAAAAUUAAAACAGAAAUAAAGGCUGCCAAAGCAGGUAUGUCUGAAAGCUGGUUUUUCUACCAACUUAACCAGUUAGCCGGACGCCAUGGUGCCCUCACCCCGCGAUCCCGAGACCGACGGACCGACUGCCCUCACUUCCAGCCCAGCCGCGCGCGGAGAUUCCGCCCACUCAAGAUGGCCGCGAAUUUAAAUUUGGCGCUCAGGUCGGACGUUGACGCCAGCACGGAGGCUGCCAUGUUGACAGGCCUUGCGUCAGGGGCGGUGCCGACGUGA